AGUCAUGCUUGGAAGCGUCGCAUGUCCUCAACUCCCUCCAUCCAUAAGAAAAAGGAGAAUGAAAAGGAGGGGAGGAGGAACACGCCUCUGAGUCUCGCUCUGGCUCCCUCUCUGCCGGGAUCAAACCGGGACACGUCUGGACGAAGAGAUCAGAAGUCGCAGGAGACAACAGUAUGAACAGAUCCCUCCCAAGACCCCCAGAAUAAGGCGAAAAGGGGUUGGGUCCCGGGGAGGUGCCUCUCCCGCCUUUGCAUUGCCUCGCCUUCUUCUUCCUCCUCUUCCUCCCAAAGCCUUCAUCGCGUUGGAGGAAGAAAGGAGCCGCGCCCGACUCGGAGGAAAACAGACACCCCCCCCCCCUUUGUCUUUCCCCCCUGGAAAUGAACAAGACCUGCAGAUCUUUAGGUCCCCAUUGAUCCGACGCUGCUUCGUGUUUCAGCUCCAAUCUCGUUCCUUCGGGGAGAAAAGCAAAGCGCAAAGGAAGGAGCUUUUUCGGGAGUCAGCCGGGGAUGAUGGGCAAGGAAAUGAGGAUGAUGAUGAUGGGGAGAAAGAAGUAUUUCAUCGCCCCUUUUGAGAUCCAGGUCUCAGCUCAGCUCUUUGUGCCAACUUGAUUUCCACCAAACCUUCAGAUCCCUAUCAGUGGAUACCGAGAAUUAUCUGUCCUUUAAAUCCAUUUUUAAUGUCGGCAUUCUGCAUAUUUUUAACUCUACUGUAAUCAUUUGGAUGUGAGGGAAAAAAUGUUUGUUAUACAUUAAGUCUUAAGAGUCAAGGGGGACCACAAAGGGCAUCUAGUCCAACCCUUUCCUAGAGAAGAAUUCAUUACUAAUGCAACCUCUGUUGAAAGAGAGCUUGGUUUGACACAUUUCAAGAGUCGCCGGUAUUGAUUUAGGAAAGUAUUGUUACUUAACUCGGUUUGGGACUUCUUUCUUUCCACGAAGGGAGAUAGAUGGAGAAGACUUUGGGACUGACUUCCAAGCAGGAAAAGUGUUAGGUCAAUCCUGACCCAGCUGGCACUUUCCUGAGCUUCGCCAGACUUACCCCCAAGUAAACCGCGGAUUUUAUUAUCCAUCUGGAUGCAGCCUUGCUAAAACCCGAAAAGCUUUGGCAUCGGAUCUCAUUUGCUACGGCAUCAGGCUACAGGUGGAUUUAAAAAUGGAUUUAAGACUGGUUCGCGAACGUGUCCUUAGUGUGUUCCGUGCCAAUGCCUACGCUUGCCAGAUUGAUGCUCUUCUAAACUGGGAGCAUGCCAGAGCUCUGAAAUAAGGCACAUCUAUCAUCUUUUCCAGAAGUAUGAUAUUAUCUUGGGCAUAAAAAAGGGCCGGUGCUUAAUUUAGAAGAAGCCUAUCCAUCUGGUUGUCUCCACCAAGAUAUGUUCCUCGGCUAAUCGCUGCAUGAUGGAUUGGUCUCCAAACUUCACUUGCUUCUCGGUCACCGCUUUGGCCAAUUCCAACCAGACAGGCUCUGACUCUGCUGAGGAUCUCCCAUCCAAGGAUCGAUCCUUAUCGGUCUUCACCGUCCUCAUCUUGACCCUCUUGGCCAUGUUGGCAGUGGCCACCUUCCUCUGGAACUUGCUGGUGCUGGCGACCAUUCUGCGUGUGCGCACUUUUCACCGGGUGCCCCACAAUCUGGUGGCCUCCAUGGCCAUCUCAGACGUGAUGGUGGCCGCCUUGGUGAUGCCCCUCAGCUUGGUGCAUGAGUUGUCCGGGCACCGUUGGCGGCUGGGGAGGGCUCUAUGCCAAGCGUGGAUCUCCUGCGAUGUGCUUUGCUGCACCGCCAGCAUCUGGAACGUUACCGCCAUUGCUUUGGAUCGGUACUGGUCCAUCACCCGGCACCUGGAGUACACCUUGCGGACCCGGAGACGCAUCUCCAACAUCAUGAUUGCUCUGACUUGGUUCCUCUCGGCCAUCAUUUCCUUGGCUCCAGUACUCUUUGGUUGGGGGGAGACCUACUCGGAGGGCAACGAAGAGUGCCAAGUCAGCCGGGAGCCUUCCUACACCAUAUUCUCCACAUUUGGGGCAUUUUACGUGCCUCUCUGUGUGGUGCUUUUCGUAUACUGGAAAAUCUACAAGGCAGCCAAGUUUCGCAUUGGAUCACGCAAAAGCAAUUCCAUCACGCCAAUCUCUCCAGAAGCCCUGGAGGUCAAGGAAGCCUCUCAGCAGCCCCAGAUGGUGUUUACUGUCCGCCACGCAACCGUGACCUUCCAGACGGACGGAGACACUUGGAGGGAGCAGAAGGAGAAGAAAGCUGCCCUGAUGGUGGGCAUCCUCAUUGGCGUCUUUGUGUUGUGCUGGAUCCCCUUCUUCAUCACCGAACUGCUCAACCCGCUCUGCUCCUGCGACAUCCCCCCUCUCUGGAAAAGCAUCUUCCUUUGGCUUGGCUACUCCAAUUCCUUCUUCAACCCUCUGAUCUACACCGCCUUCAACAAGAACUACAACAAUGCCUUCAAGAGCCUGUUCUCCAGGCAGCCGUGAAAUGUGUGCCGAGAGCAAAAGACCUUCUUUUACAAAUAACAAGUCAAAGCACCUUCCGUCUUUACCUUGCACAGAGAGGGAGACAUGAAUGCAGAGAAACUCAGGCGCUCCAAGAUGAGCUGUUGAUACUCCAAUAUAAAUAAAACAUUCUUGUGAGUUCAGGCAUUGCCCUCGAAGACAGCACUUCUCUUGUGCAGACACUGUAUUUCUCCCUAGUGUUUAAAAAGCAAUAGUUUGCUGCUGAGUGAACCUGGUUUUCUUUUGUUCCCAGGUUACAGUCCAAGGGCAGUUCUUGGUGUUGUGUAGAACAUCAACAUUUGUGAUUGUCACGCCCAUUCGGUUGAUGAUAUCUGUGAAAUCACUUGUGAUGAGUGGUGUUAAUGUGUCUUUUUAUGAAAAGAAAAACAACAAUGUUGCUGUUUAAAUCCUUAGAGGAUCGAAACCUCUGUGAACCGUAUUAGUUAGCACAGUAUUCACUUGAUCCUAAAAAUGGGAAGACGGAGAGAAUAUCGAACACAGGUAAAGCACUUUAAAAAUGUUAGUUCAAUGUUUUUUGGUAUUCCAUUACAGCGAGGAGUUUCAGAAGAAUGGUGGAAUGGAGUCAGUUUCCCCCCAGAUUUCACUCCCCAAAAGCAAGCCCAAAUACUUCUAUUUUCCUAGUCAGUCCUUCUCAAAAUAAUAUCCAAAUUGGAUGUCCUUAUGGGCUAGCCCAACCACGGGCAUACUGUCAUGAAAGAGUGGGUUGCGGUGAGUUUUCCGGAAUGUAUGGCCAUGUUCUGGAAGCAUUCUCUCCUGACGUUUCACCCACAUCUAUGGCAGGCAUCCACAGAGGUUGUGAGGUCUGUUGGAAACUAGGCAAGUGGGGUUUAUAUAUCUGUGGACAGUCCAGGGAGGGAGAAAGAACUCUUGUCUGCUUGAGGCAAGUGUGAAUGUUGCAAUUCGCCACCUUGAUUAGCAUUUAAUGGCCUUGCAGCUUGAAAGCCUGGUUGCUUCCUGCCUUUUCAUUUUCCUCAUGGAGGAAACCAUGAAAAUGAACAAAAUCUGGCUACCACUAUUUUAACAAACUCUAAAACCAGAACAGUAAAUAUAUAACAACACUCAAAAAAACCAGGGGAAUUCCAGACAUGAAACAAUCAGGGCCAGCUAAUACUGGGCAGGAAGCAGCCAGGCUUUGAAGCUGCAAGGCCAUUCAAUGCUAAUCAAGCUGGCAAUUUGCAACAUUCACACUUGCCUCCAACAGAUAAGAGUUCUUUCUCCCUCCCUGGACUUUCCACUUGCCUAGUUUCCAACAGACCUUACAACCUGUGAGGAUGCCUGCCAUAGAUGUGGGUGAAAUGUCAGGAGAGAAUGCUUCUGGAACAUGGCCAUAGAGCAACCCAGUGAUUCUGGCCAUGAAAGUUUUCGACAACACAAAGAUGAAAGAUCUUCUAAAACUGCAACUCCCAGGCUUCCAUAGACUAGAGUCUUGGCAAUACUAUUAAACUGAGUUUUUUCUACACUGUAGAUGUACCCCAGGUUUCUCAGAAAUACCUUUUUGCACUCCUCCCCUUAAGCAAAAACUACAUGAGUGACUAAACACUACUGAAACUGAGGCAACAUUCACAGUCAAUUAUCACAGUCUAUGCAUGGAAAGGCUUGGGAGUAUUCCUUUUUUUGGACUACCAAAAAUGAAAAGCAGAGGCCAGGAUUGUGGGGAUUGUGGUCUAAGGAAGUGAUUUUUCCUAGGUGUCCAUGUUACAAGGGGAAACCUGAAAUACUCCUUUAGAACCCAUGUGUUUCCUUUUCAUAUUUCCACAGUGUUCCCUAUGUAAUAAAACUGCUUCUAACAACAAAGCCGA